AUGGCUCUUGCUUCUUCAUCAUUGUCAUCCGUAUUAUUAAAUAAUAAUAAUCAUAAUAAUGAUUUAAUAUUAGCUACUGGAUCAGCAUGUCCAUCAAAUCCUGGAAAUGCAUGUAGUCAUGAUUAUUUAUCAGUUGAUGCUCGUAUAUCUAAUGUUUAUGAUGGUACAAUUAGCAAUAUACCAAUAAUUCGUUUUUGUUUAAUCAAUAAUUCCACAUUGAAAACAAUCGCUACAAAGACAAAAACAAAAUUAACAGAAAUAAAAAUGAUCAAUUCAUCAUUAUCUUAUUCUUCUCCUUCUUCUUCGAUCUCCUCUGGAUCCUCUUCAUUUAAUUCAAUAGAUUAUAAUAAAUUAUAUCCACCAGAUGAAUCAUAUUUAGUUGGGCAAAUUUAUGGUCCAAUCACUCUGUUAUGUGAAACAAUAAAUCCAGCAAGUGCUAAUGGUGUGGUUGACUAUCGGUUCCGCAUAAAUCAGCAAACCUCUUAUACCUUCGCUUAUGCUGAAGAAUUCUGUCCAUCUGAUCGUUGGUUAGAGCCGAUGGAUACAGACCUAGAUGAAAUCAAUCCAUCACAAUCAUCCCUGUCGUUUUCGUCAACAGGUAAUAGAUCAUCACUUAAUAAUAAAAAUAUUCUCGAUCCAUGGUGGUAA